AGGUUACAGUUCAUAGGUUAAGUUUGACGCACGUUUUUGAAGGUGUCAUGGCGGAGCUCACUGGCGCUGUGAAAAUAUUCUAAACUAUUAUCUGUUCGUUGUGUUUUAUAGAUUCAAUUGUAACAGUUGUUUCUCAUUGACUCUGCCAUAGUACCGAGCAAAAUGGCAUCCACUGCAGCAGGGAAACAGAGGAUACCGAAAGUGGCUAAGGUGAAAAACAAGGCUCCAGCAGAGGUACAAAUCACAGCUGAGCAGUUGCUCAGGGAGGCAAAGGAGAGGGAGCUCGAGCUUUUGCCACCGCCGCCCAAACAGAAAAUCACUGAUGAAGAAGAGUUGAACGAUUACAAGUUGAAGAAGCGGAAGGGAUUUGAAGACAACAUCAGAAAGAAUCGCACUGUUAUCAGCAACUGGAUAAAAUACGCACAAUGGGAGGAGAGCCUGAAAGAAGUCCAGAGGGCUCGCUCUAUUUACGAGCGUGCUCUGGAUGUAGACCACCGGAACAUUGCUCUAUGGCUGAAGUAUGCCGAAAUGGAGAUGAAGAACCGGCAAGUGAACCACGCCCGCAACAUUUGGGACAGAGCCAUCACCAUCUUGCCUCGUGUCAACCAGUUCUGGUACAAGUACAGUUACAUGGAGGAGAUGCUGGGUAACAUUGCUGGCUGCAGACAGGUGUUUGAGCGCUGGACAGAGUGGGAACCAGAGGAACAAGCCUGGCACUCCUACAUCAACUUCGAGCUGCGCUACAAGGAGGUCGACAAGGCCCGCUCCAUCUAUGAGAGAUUUGUAAUUGUCCACCCUGACGUGAAGAAUUGGAUCAAGUAUGCCCGUUUUGAAGAGAAGCAUGGGUACAUCGCCCACGGGAGGAAGGUGUUUGAGAGAUCAGUGGAGUUCUUUGGCGAGGAGCAUGUCAACGAGAACCUCUUUGUGGCCUUCGCCAGAUUUGAAGAGAAACAGAAAGAGUUUGAGCGUGUUCGAGUCAUCUACAAAUACGCCUUGGACAGAAUCCCCAAGCAUCAGGCUCAGGAGCUCUUCAAAUUCUACACAGUAUUUGAGAAGAAGUUUGGAGACCGGAGGGGAAUUGAGGACGUUAUCGUCAGCAAGCGGAGAUUUCAGUAUGAGGAGGAAGUCAAGGCAAGCCCACACAAUUACGACGCUUGGUUUGAUUACCUGCGCCUGGUGGAGAGUGAUGCGGAUCCUGACACUGCCAGAGAGGUGUAUGAGAGAGCCAUCGCCAACAUCCCUCCUAUACAGGAGAAGAGGCACUGGAGAAGAUACAUUUACCUGUGGAUAAACUAUGCUUUAUAUGAAGAACUGGAGGUCAAGGACCCGGAGAGAACAAGACAGGUGUACCAGGCAUGUCUGGAUCUCAUCCCUCACAAAAAGUUCACAUUUGCCAAGAUUUGGCUACUCUACGGACAGUUUGAAAUCCGCCAGAAGAACCUUCAAGCUGCCAGGCGAGGCUUGGGCACAGCCAUUGGUAAAUGUCCAAAAAACAAGCUGUUCAAGGGCUACAUUGAGCUGGAGCUGCAGCUCCGAGAGUUUGACCGAUGCAGAAAGCUCUACGAGAAGUACCUGGAGUUUGCCCCAGAGAACUGCACCACCUGGAUCAAGUUCUCUGAGCUGGAGACCAUUCUAGGAGACACAGAGAGGGCCCGGGCCAUCUUCGAGCUGGCCAUCGGACAGCCACGACUAGACAUGCCAGAGGUGUUGUGGAAGUCCUACAUCGACUUUGAAAUUGAGCAGGAAGAGUUUGACAACACCAGGGGCCUCUACCAGAGACUUUUGCAGCGCACACAGCACGUAAAGGUCUGGAUCAGCUAUGCCCAGUAUGAGCUGUCCAUCGAUACCUCGGACCGGCUGCAGAGGUGUAGGGGGAUCUUUGAGGAGGGCAACAAGGGCCUGAGAAGCUGUGAGGAGAAGGAGGAGCGUCUGAUGUUGUUGGAGUCGUGGAAGGAGUUUGAGCAGGAGUUUGGUUCGGACACGACCAGGGAGAGGGUAAAGAAACUGCUGCCGGAGAAGGUGAAGAAGAGGAGAAAGCUCACAGCAGAGGACGGGUCGGAUGCAGGGUGGGAGGAGUACUACGACUAUAUCUUCCCUGAGGAUGCAGCCAAUCAGCCCAACCUCAAGCUGCUCGCCAUGGCCAAGAUGUGGAAGAGGCAGCAACAAGAAGAAGACGACGAGGAGGAAGAAGAUGAGGAAGAUGAAAACAACGGAGGAGUGGAUAGAGGUAGUGGCAAAGAAAUGGAGGAAGAUAACAGAAGAGUGGAGAGAGAUGGAGAUGAAAAAAUGGAUGGAGAAGAAAAUGGAAGAGGGGAGGGGAGUAGAGACAAAGAAAUGGAGGAAGAAGAUAACAGAAGAGUGGAGAGAGAUGGAGAAGAAAAUGGAAGAGGGGAAAGGAGUAGAGACAAAGAAAUGUCUGAAGACUCUGCAUCACCAUCAGAAAAUCCUAUGGUCAGUGAGCCUGUGCCUGAAAAAGACUCCAAAGAGAGCACAUAUGAUGACAGCGAUGAUUCUGAUGAAAGCAGCAGCAGCAGCAGUAGUAGUGGCAGCAGCGGUAGUGAUCGUGACAAAGAUGGCAGUGAGAAACAGCCCAGGAUGAGCAAAAAGGAUUCAGUGAAUGAUUAGCUUGUCUGGGAAAAUGUUUCACUCAUGACAAGUAGGGACAAGUUGAGUACCUCAUCAGGUAAUUUCUAGUGCUUUUUUAUGUUUUACAAACACCUCUUUUAUUAAUGUGAAUUCUUAUUCCAUGUUUGUGUUUUAGUUACUGUAGUGCAAUGACAAUGUAAAUAAAUAACCACUGAUAUC